AUGGCCGAAUCAAAACAGCUUCAACAAGAAAAUAAAGAUCGCGAGAAAGAAAGGAUACCAUGCCGGUAUUUUAUUCGUGGAUCAUGCCGAGAAGGUACCAGGUGUGCAUACUCUCAUGAUGAAGCUGAUAUUCCUGUAUGUCGAUAUUUUCUGGGAGGAUCUUGUUUGUACGGUGACAAAUGUUGGUUUCAACAUCCAAAGGAUGAUUAUAACAUGUCAAGGUUGGUUGGCUAUCCUUGUCGUCUUGAGGACUUUGAUUGUUUUCUCGGCGAAGUUUUGUAUCACAUAAGACAGAAGAAUCCAGAUGUUUGGAAUAAAGAUUGGUUAGCAUAUCUACUUGAAAGGUUUGAGAGUAACCUUGAAUGCUCUGAUGUUGAUGCGGUUGACGUUCUUUCCAGUUAUGGCAGGCUCCUAAACGAUCCUGCUGAGUUAGGGGAAAUCGCUCGUGCCUAUCUAGAAAAAACAGGUCUUCAAAAUAGCUUUGAGUGUCGCUGCAAAACUCCAGAAUGUCAUUGUCCAAUUGAAGUUGAUGAAGGCGUCGCAUUCAUUUUAUUUGAUGGUUUAAAUAGAAGAUUGAAGUGGAAGAUUAAUGAGAAGAAAGCUUUCUUUUGCAAAGCUGUUGACGGAUUGUUUUUGAAAGGAGUUCUUUGUCAACUUGGUAAUGUCUUAGCAUGGGCGACGAACGUAGGAAGUGAAUGCAAAAGUCGGGAAGAGCCACAGUUGAACAAAGUAAAUAUGCCUUUAUCAAAAUGUCCGAAUGCAGACUGCAGUAACAACGCAAAGAGAGAUUGUUUAAACAACUUAUGUGGUUUGUGCUGUAAACGAAGUGGUUUGUGGUGCGAUGUUCACGUGAACCUUUUUCCAACUCGUUACCAGACCGUUCGUGCGCAUGAUCUCGUCAAACCACGUGUAAAUUUUUCCACUAAGGAAGAUCUUGAUUCAUUCAUGGAAGCAAAGGAAGAUGCCAAUGCUGUUUGCUUCGGACAGGAUUUGUCUGUGACUGAUAACGAUGUCAUCAGAGUUAUUGACCUGUGUAAAAACUUAGUUCUGCUGGAGCUAGGCUCGUGUGAUACGGGAAAUCCAGGAGGACAUGUGACAAAUGCCCUAUUAAAGUACAUUGCACGAAAUCGACCUCAUCUUCGAAAACUACGAUUGGAAUCAGCAACAUCUGUCAACGACGACGGUGUCAUUGAGUUAGUGAUGGCCUGCCAUCAUUUGGAAUUUCUCGAGGUUUCAGGAAACGACAAAAUCAGUGGCGAUUUGACAGAUCGCACAAUGAAAAUAUUCUUUGAUCUUGAUGUGACUCCAAGUCUUAAAACAUUGAUCAUCACCGAUCAACAAGGGAUCAGCUAUGACAUUGUGAUGAGGUUACGACGCUGCCGACCAAACUUGGAAAUAACCGCUGGUGAGACAGACAGCGAUAGCAUGGCGUGGUCUUUAAUCCUGGGCAUGACUGGUGGAUGGUACGGAUCUGGCUUGUAUUGAUGGCGACACUUGCUUCAGUUUUACAUAAAGCUUUACAUGAAGUUUUGUAAAAUUUUUGUUGUCUAUAAUAUAUUGAGUAAUUGAGUUGAUCUCAUUGUGUGCAGAUAUAAAAAAAAGGAAAUGUUUUAUUUAUCCUUUAUGGAAAAUUUAUAUACAAAAUUUGAAUUAUAAAGAGUUGAUCUCAUUGCGUGAAAAA